UUUAGUGGGAACUGGGAAGAGUAAGAAUAGAAAAGAAAAAGAAAAAGAUAAAGAAAGAAGGUAUAUCGGGUUUAAUCCUAGUUGCAGCUCAUCUUUUGAGAUCAAGAACGCUGGAAUUGAAUUGGAGGUGAAUCUGUAAUUGGAGAUAAAGAAGCUGGAAUUGGAGGUAAAUCUGUAAUUGGUGAUCAAGAAGCUGGAACUGGAGGUAAAAUAUGUCGAUACCGAGGGAGCCGGAACAAGUGAUGAAGUUUCGAGGAGGAUCCGUGCUUGGGAAGAAGACUAUCUUGAAGAGUGACCAUUUUCCAGGCUGUCAGAACAAUCGCCUUUCUCCUCACAUUGAAGGCGCCCCUAAUUAUCGCCAGGCAAAUUCCUUACAAGUUCACGGGGUUGCUAUUCCUAAGAUAGAUGGAAUCCGAAAUGUUCUUGAACACAUUGGAGCACAAAAUGACAAAAAGAUACCUCAUGUAUUGUGGAUAAAUCUUCGUGAGGAACCGGUGGUAUACAUCAAUGGGCGUCCCUUUGUGUUGCGUGAUGUCGAAAGGCCUUUCUCCAAUCUUGAGUAUACGGGAAUUAACAGGGAUAGGGUGGAAGACAUGGAAUUUCGAUUGAAGGAAGAUAUCUUGCUCGAAGCUUCAAGAUACGGAAAUAAGAUCCUUGUCACUGAUGAAUUGCCAGAUGGACAAAUGGUGGACCAGUGGGAGCCAGUGACUUGUGAUUUUGUGAAGACGCCACUUGAGGUAUAUGAGGAGCUGAAAAUGGAGGGCUUUCUGCUUACCUAUGAACGAGUUCCUGUUACUGAUGAAAAGUCACCUAAAGAAUCAGAUUUUGAUAUUCUGGUAAAUACAAUAUCACUAGUGGAUCUUAAUACCGAGGUAAUAUUUAAUUGUCAAAUGGGUCGUGGGCGAACAACAACAGGAAUGGUGAUUGCUACCUUAGUUUACCUCAACCGAAUUGGAGCCUCUGCAGGCAUUCCAAGGAGCAACUCCAUUGGAAGAGUUUUUGAUCUGAACUGUGGUGCUGACAAUUUGCUUAGUUCAGAGGAGGCAAUCCGCAGGGGAGAGUACACUGUCAUUAGAAGUUUGAUCCGUGUUUUAGAGGGUGGUGUUGAAGGAAAAAGACAGGUGGAUAAAGUGAUUGAUAAAUGUGCCUCUAUGCAGAAUUUACGAGAAGCUAUUGCUACAUACCGUAACAGUAUUUUACACCAACCAGAUGAGAUGAAGCGAGAGGCUUCACUGUCGUUUUUUGUGGAGUAUCUGGAGAGAUAUUAUUUUCUUAUAUGUUUUUCCGUAUAUCUUCACACCGAGGGAGCAACUUUAAAUGCAUGUUUGUCUAUUCAGUGUAGUUUUGCUGAUUGGAUGAGAGCUCGCCCAGAACUCUAUAGCAUAUUGCGUAGGCUAUUGAGGAGAGACCCAAUGGGCGCAUUAGGUUACCGCAAUGCAGAAAAAUCACUGACUAAGAUGCCUGAAUCUACAAAUGGCCGUCCUUAUGAGAUGAGUGUUGUUACUGCACUGAGAAACGGAGCAGUGCUCGGCAGUCAAACUGUCUUGAAAAGUGAUCAUUGCCCUGGUUGUCAAAACUUGAGUUUGUCGGAGAGGAUAGAAGGUGCCCCAAACUUCAGAGAGGUUAUGGGAUUUUCUGUUUAUGGUGUAGCGAAUCCGACGAUUGACGGCAUUCGAUCUGUUAUUUUGCGCAUUGGUAGCUUGAGAGUCGGUCGUCCAGUAUGUUGGCACAACAUGAGAGAGGAACCUGUUAUCUACAUUAAUGGAAAGCCAUUUGUGCUUCGUGAAGUUGAAAGACCUUAUAAGAACAUGAUGGAGUACACUGGAAUUGAUUGUGAGAGAGUCGAGAGAAUGGAAGCUCGACUAAAGGAAGAUAUUCUGCGUGAAUCAGAACGCUUUGGAGGAGCUAUUAUGGUUAUCCAUGAAACAGAUGAUGGUCAAAUAUUUGAUGCUUGGGAACAUGUCAACUCUGAUUCAAUUCAGACACCGCGUGAAGUUUUCAGCUGCCUACAAGUGGAGGGUUAUCCAAUUAUGUACGCACGUGUACCCAUAACUGAUGGAAAGGCUCCAAAAAGUUCCGAUUUUGACACUCUAGCAAAAAAUAUUGCAUCAGCUUCAAAGGACACUGCUUUUGUUUUUAAUUGUCAGAUGGGCAGAGGAAGGACAACAACUGGUACUGUUAUAGCCUGCCUUCUCAAACUAAGAAUAGAGAACGGAAAACCUAUACGGAUUCUCCAAUAUGAGUCUAUUGGGGAAGUGGAUGACUGUUAUUCAUGUGGUGAUGAAACUAUGGAUGAUUCAGCUGCAUCUAGCUCAAGUAUCAUUGAUCAAGGAACAUCUAGAAAGCCACCUCGGACUUUUGGCAUUAAUGACAUCUUACUGCUGUGGAAGAUCACGAGAUUAUUUGACAAUGGAGUUGAAUGUCGGGAGGCGUUAGAUGCUGUUAUCGAUAGAUGUUCAGCUUUACAGAAUAUACGUGAUGCUGUCCUACGAUAUAGGGAAUUAUUCAAUCAACAGCGUGUUGAGCCCCGGGUGAGAAGGGUCGCAUUAAACCGUGGUGCUGAGUAUUUGGAGCGUUAUUUCCGUUUGAUUGCUUUUUCUGCAUACCUUGGAAGUGAAGCCUUUGAUGGCUUUUGUGGCCAAGGAAAAUCUAAGAUGACAUUUAAGAGUUGGUUGCAAAGAAGACCUGAAGUCCAAGCAAUGAAAUGGAGCAUAAGAUUGAGGCCUGGACGAUUCUUUACUGUUCCAGAGGAUCUGCGAUCUCCGUAUGAGACUCAGCACGGAGAUGCAGUAAUGGAGGCUGUUAUUAAGGCUCGAAAUGACUCUGUGCUAGGAAGGGGCUCUAUACUUCAAAUGUACUUCUUUCCUGGUCAGAGAACUUCUAGUCACAUACAAAUACAUGGGGCACCUCACGUUUACAAGGUGGAUGGAUACCCUGUCUACAGCAUGGCAACUCCUACUAUUACUGGUGCUAGAGAGAUGUUAUCUUUCUUGACAGGUAGUGCAUCUAUUGAUGGCGGGAAAAAGGUAAUAAUAACUGAUUUGAGAGAGGAAGCUGUGGUUUACAUUAGUGGUACACCUUUUGUGCUCCGAGAACUGAACAAAGCAGUUGAUACACUGAAAAAUGUGGGGAUUACUGGUCCAGUGGUGGAACACAUGGAAGCACGUCUUAAAGAAGAUAUAAUAUCAGAGAUUACUCGAACUGGUGGACGGAUGCUUUUGCAUCGAGAAGAACACAGCCCGACGCUAAAUCAACCUAAUAUUGUUGGAUACUGGGAGAAUAUUUUCACAGAAGAUGUCAAGACCCCUGCAGAAGUUUAUGCAGCUUUAAGGGAUGAAGGCUGUGAUGUAACAUACAGGAGAAUACCAUUGACCAGAGAGAGAGAAACUUUGCCAUCUGAUAUUGAUGCAAUCCAGUGCUGUAAAGACGAGUCUGCAGGAUGCUAUUUAUUUGUGUCACAUACAGGAUUUGGAGGAGUGGCUUACGCAAUGUCAAUCAUUUGUGUAAGACUAUAUGCCGAUGGAAAUGUACAUCAUCAUGUUCCCUCUUCAUUCUAUGCCAUACCUACUCCACUUAAUGUACCUGAUGUCCAAUCAUGUUGGGCUUCUGAUGAAGCGGCACUGAAACUAGGUGACUAUCGGGAUAUACUCAGCCUAACAAGAGUUCUUGCUCAAGGGCCUAGGAGCAAAGCAGACGUCGACAAUAUCAUAGAAAGGUGUUCAGGAGCAGGACAUAUACGUGAUGAUAUUGUUUACUACACCAAAGAACUGAAGCAAGCAUGUGAUGGCAAUGAAGAGCAUCAGGCAUACCUAAUUGAUAUGGGUGUAAAGGCAUUAAGGAGAUACUUUUUCCUGAUUACAUUCAGGUCUUACCUUUACGAUGUUUCUGGUGCUGAGAUUACAUUUUCGUGCUGGAUGGAUGCUCGACCGGAACUUGGCUAUCUAUGUGAUCACCUCAGAAUUGAUAAAUAAUUUCAAAAUAGUGAAACAAUAUUCUUUUUUACAAAGUUGUUUUCUCCCUGUGAAUAGAUUGUACAAAGUUAUUCUCUGUCAUGGAAUUACCGGUAUUAGUCCGUCGAAAAACUGGUCUUGUUGACAAGGUUAUGGUCCAAUGAAAUAAAGAUGUACUAGUAUAGUACCCGUGCGUUAAAAAAUAUUAUGAUUUAUACGAAGUAUAUGUCAGUAUUUCAAUCA